ACGAGUUGAAAGUUAAAACCUGACCCUCAUGUGCCACGUAUACUCCUCCGGCCCACCAUUCAUCCAAAGUAGGACCCCCAACUACUCACUGAAGACGAUAUCAAAUCGCACCUCUUUACCUCAACUUCCAAAAUCACACGCACUACAAUCACACAUAAUUUCGUCAAUUCACACUCAAUUUCGUUAAAAAGCUCGUAAUUUAAUCAGAAAUUGACCAAAAAUCUGGAGAUCCCGGAGGGAUUAAGAGCGAGAUGGUCGGCGUUGAAGCCAGUCUUCGCUAACGACGACGACGGCGGCGUCCACCGCCGUCCGUGGCGCCGGCGCGUAGUCUCGUCAAUCGCGUUCUUCGCUUCUGCUUCUGUUCUUCGUGUCUCGCUUCUCUUGCUGCUUCUCGGUGCUAUUGUUUCCGCUUGCGUUUUUCUUCCUGUCGAAAAGGUGUUGAAAAAUUUUCUUACAUGGAUUAAGAGUGAUCUUGGACCUUGGGGUCCACUUGUACUGGCUGUUGCAUAUAUUCCCCUUUCAAUUCUAGCUGUCCCAGCCUCUGUACUUACGCUCGGGGGCGGAUAUCUCUUUGGGUUGCCAGUUGGAUUUGUUGCUGAUUCUACUGGUGCUACACUUGGAGCAACAGCUGCAUUUCUUCUCGGGAGAACAAUUGGGAGGCCAUAUGUCAAAUCUAAAUUGAAAAAUUAUCCCAGGUUUCAGGCAGUUACUAUAGCGAUUCAGAAAUCCGGGUUUAAGAUUGUGUUACUACUUCGGCUUGUUCCAUUACUUCCAUUUAACAUGUUGAACUAUCUGCUAUCUGUGACUCCUGUUCGUCUUGUUGAAUAUAUGCUGGCUUCUUGGUUGGGGAUGAUGCCAGUAACAUUUGCACUAGUGUAUGUCGGAACAACUUUAAAGGAUCUUUCUGACGUUACACAUGGCUGGGGUGAGGUCUCGACAAUUCGUUGGAUUUUUAUUGCAUCGGGCUUUCUGAUCUCUGUAAUUAUACUGGUGUAUAUUUUCAAAACCGCAAAGGCUUCUCUUGAGAAGGCUUUAGAAGAAGGUGCUGGAACAGAUGGCCUUUUAGCAUCCCCAGUUCUACCCUUUGUGGCUGAGGCACCUCUGGGUCUCCAGAACCCUCUUGUUAUCAAGAUAGACUCAUCUGCAGUCGACCAUGUGCAGUAAAGGUUAAGACAAUUACUUCAUUGGACCGGAAGUUAGGAAUGAUGGACACUAGAGCAAGGGAGUGGUUAUAGAGGAAAUCGUAAAAGUAAAAAUAGGACACAGAAACCUUUACUCGGCCUUAGUUGUAGAGUGGUAGUGCUGCUGCUUCGAUCUUUAGUUAUAGCUCCUGCUGUUAUACAUGUAUGUAAAUUAUAGAAAACGUCGCCAGUCAUCCAGAUUUGUCCAUUUUUUGUACUUGCACGUGUUGAUUUAAUUCAUUGCAGAUUCAUGUUUGACAUGUAUGAGAGAUGAGAGAAUUUUAUGACAACUUAAUUUAUAUAUUUUUUUAAAA